GCUUAUCCUUUAGCUUGACAGUGCUGCUGUCACAGGAUACACACAGACGGUGAGGCAGGUCACCAGCUACAAAAUUACCGGAGAGCAACGGAGUUCUGUGUCUUUGUUGCCCUGGCUGCUUUUUUAUGUGUUAUGACAAACUGCCGCUGGCUUUUUUAGGACUGCGAUCAACAGCAUGGCUGCUGCUCCUCCUCUCAGACGGACAGAUUCAGCUCGGGGGGAGUUUUCUCCUCUGAAGCACUUUGUUGUGGCAAAGAAGAAGAUCAGUGAAGUGUUUGAACAAAUUCUGGAUUACGUGAAGGAGACUUCAGCAUUUGUAGAAGACACAUGUGGGAGUAAGGCUCUGGAGAACAUUGCCACUGAGGAUCAGAAGUUGGAGAUUCAGGCGUAUGCUGACAAACUUGCUAUCAUCAGGGAUGUUCUGGCACGCAGACACAUGAAAGUGGCCUUUUUUGGCAGGACCAGUAAUGGUAAAAGCACAGUGAUCAAUGCUAUGCUGCGGGACCGUGUGCUGCCCAGUGGUAUCGGCCACACCACUAACUGCUUCUUGAGUGUAGAGGGCACAGAUGAUGACAGAGCCUACCUCAAAACUGAGGGUUCAGAGGAUGAGAAGAGCAUAAAGACUGUUAAUCAGCUGGCUCAUGCACUUCACAUGGAUGAGAGUCUGGAUGCCGGCUGUCUUGUGCGUGUGUUUUGGCCGAAGACCAAGUGUGCUUUGCUUCGAGAUGACCUGGUACUUGUAGACAGCCCAGGGACAGACGUAACAUCAGAACUGGACAGCUGGAUCGACAAGUUUUGCUUGGACGCUGACGUUUUUGUGCUUGUGGCGAACUCUGAAUCCACACUCAUGAACACGGAAAAACACUUUUUCCACAAAGUGAAUGAACGCCUGUCAAAGCCAAACAUCUUCAUCCUCAACAAUCGCUGGGACGCCUCAGCGAAUGAACCAGAGUAUAUGCAGGAUGUGAGAAAGCAGCACACAGACCGUUGUGUCAACUUCCUGGUUGAGGAGCUGAAAGUUGUGAACCGUGAGCAGGCACCAAAUCACAUAUUCUUCAUCUCUGCCAAAGAGGUGCUCAACUCACGCAUGCAGCGUGCACAGGGCAUGCCUGAAACAGGUGGAGCUCUGGCUGAGGGUUUCCAGGAGAGGCUGAAAGAGUUCCAGAGCUUCGAGAGGAGGUUUGAGGAGUGUAUCUCGCAGUCAGCAGUGAAAACAAAGUUUGAGCAGCACACUAUCAGGGCCAAGCAGAUCACAGAAAAAGUCAAGAGCAUCAUGGAUACCAUCAACAUUGAGGCAGCGGAGAAGAGAGUAGCGGCACUGGAGGACAGAGAGAAUCAGAUGGACCGACUGGAGUUUGUCAAGAAUCAACUCAACCUGCUGAUUGAUGACAUCAAGAUGAAGAUUAAAGCAAUCAGUGAGGACGUGGAGUCCAAGGUAUCCAGCGCAAUGGAGGAGGAGAUCUGUCGUCUCCAUGUUAUUGUCGAUGAGUUCCAUGCUGACUUCCACCCCUCACCUAAUGUCCUCAAGCUCUACAAGUCUGCGUUACUGUCUCAUGUGGAGGAGGGGAUGGGAAAGAACCUGGCCUUCCGCUGCUCCAAUGCUAUUAACGCAUCUGUUCAAUCCUCACAGAGAUACAUGAUAGACAGCAUGCAUCCCCUGCUUCCCUCUGCGGCCCAUAAUCAGGUUCAUAUGCUGGCGCCUAGCAGGAAGUUCGACCUUAGUUAUGACCUGAAUUGUGCCACAAUCUGCAGUGACUUUCAGGAGAACAUAGAGUUUCAGUUUUCAUUAGGCUGGACAGCAUUAGUCCACCGCUUCCUGGGAUCUGCCAACGCUCAACGGGCACUCAAACUGGUGGACCAGAAGUUCCAGGCAUCUCGCCCAGCGCUCCCCCUGGCUUGUACACCCUCCUCAGGACCUCCUUCUAUUGCAUCACAGCCCAACCAGGAAACAGCCCUCAUGACGCAGGAGGACCUUAUGGUAGCCAUGGCAACCAAUGUGGCUUCCCUCACCUCCCGCACUUCAAUGAGCGUUGUCAUUGUUGGAGGAGUGGUGUGGAAAACUGUUGGCUGGAGGCUGAUCGCCCUGUCAGCCUCGCUUUAUGGCUUGUUGUACCUGUACGAGAGGCUCACCUGGACCACAAAGGCGAAGGAGCGCACUUUGAAGCGCCAGUUCGUGGACUAUGCAACGGAGAAACUGCAGCUCAUCGUCAGUUUUACAAGUAGUAACUGCAGCCACCAAGUUCAACAGGAGAUGGCUACGACCUUUGCGCAGCUCUGUCAGCAGGUGGACCAGACGCAGAAAGAGCUGGAGGAAGAAAUUCACCAACUGACAGUCAAGAUAGAUCAGCUGGAGACUGUCCAGAGCCGCUCCAAGUGCCUGCGACACAAAGCCACAGAGCUGGAGAGACACUUGGAAGCAUUUACAAACCAGUACCUGCAGAUUCAGCAAUGAUGAACCUUCUCUUCAUUGCUCCAGUUUGGUUCAUGUUGGGCCAAACAUUCCUCAGCCCAGCACCACCUCACCACACCCGUUCCUCCCUAUUGCCCAAACUACACCACAAUUUUAAUGUGGAGGGUAAAGGCAAACAGAUUAUGAUUUUAGUAUAUCAACAGAAUAUAAAUUUUGAUAAUCAGCAAAUUAUUGAGUUACUUAUCAGGCAUUAAUUGUCUACAGCUUGGCAAAUAAAAGUCCCGUUGCUUGAUUGGAAAAAGUCAAUUUGCAGGUGACUACAAAACAAACUGUUUGCCUCUAAGGGAAAAGGAGAGUAAAGGCCUAGACAGCAGUUUUCUCCUCCUCAGCCAGGUUGUUCAGGUGCUUGAGAGACAGCAGUGAAGCCACUGUUAGAACCUGCCUGUAACAGUGAAGUGUGCAGUGACGCAGACCAUAAACUCUGUUGGCAUGAAGCUACCUGUGCUUGGGUGCUAUAUUUUGACACUAACAGUGCUUGUAACUGUGAAUAUGCCUUUUUGGACUUUUCUGAAGAAAAUGAAGUUUGUCUGUAAGAUUGUCUGUCUGUUCAGGCACAUGAUCUAUUGUAUGUUAGCAGCAAAAAUAAAUUCAUUUAAUGAGUUUUUUCCUGAAGUAUAAAGAUCUAGUAGUUAGGCAGGGUCAUGUCUUUAAAAUACUGUGGACUCAUGCUCCAUUUUAAAAAGCUUUGUAAGUCAUUUUAUAUUUUAUUUCUAUAUUGGACUCAAAGGAGAAUUACACCAGUCUGCACUUUAUAAUGUUGUCUCUUAAAUGUGCAAAAGUACCUCUAGAUUUGCCAGACUGUAUUAAAUCUGCCACAAGGUAAAUCAAUUGUAUGAUGUUGUUUUUUGUGUGCAUUUAAAUCUUUUAAAGCUACAUUAAAAUGUAUCUAGUGAA